AUGGGUGCUUUGAUUGGUUUAAUAGUAGUGAUAGUUUCAAUUUUAUUCUUGGACUGGUGCUAUAAGGUUUACAAAAGGAAUAAACAGCUGGAGAAAAUACCUGGACCGUGGCCUAUUCCAUUUUUCGGUUACAAGCUACCAACAAAUGUAUUUGAUUUGAUGCGUAUGUUUGAUGAUCUCACUAAAAAAUAUGGAAAAACUUGUAAAUUAUACAUUGGCGAAUCUCUUCAUGUUGUAACAUGUGAUGCAAAUCUAAUAGAACAAGUAAUGAAAUCAAAUGUCCACAUAAAUAAAACUAAACUAUACGAUAUAUCAAAACCUUGGUUGAAAGAUGGUUUGAUUGUUAGUGCAGGUGAUAAAUGGAGACAAAGAAGAAAAUUGUGCAUACCAUCUUUUCAUUUUAGCGUGAUCAAAAACUUUUUUAAAAUUUUCAAAAGAUCUUCAGAAACUCUAAUAAAAAGACUUGGAGAACAAGCUGAUAAAUAUGUCGAAAUAGAUGCAAGAGAAUUCAUAUCAAAAUUUUCAUUCGAAGUUAUUGCAGAAUCAUCGUUCGGAAUAAGAAUGAAUGUACAGAACGACGAAAACCAGGAUUACAUUAAAUCUGUCGACAAAUACACAGAAAUUAUAUUUACAAGAGCUUUUUCAGUGUGGAAACGUUUUGAUAUUCUAUUUAAACUUUUCUCUGAGGAUUUCAAAAUGCAUAAGAGUUCUUUGGAUAUCAUAGAUGGGGUGUCGAAGAAAAUCAUUCAAAAUAAACGUGAUGAAUACGAAAAUGGAAAUGUGACUGAAAUUAAGAAAAAUACUAGUUUAAUAGACCAACUCAUGCACAACGCGAAACUUCCUGAUGAUGGUGUCUAUGAAGAAACAAACAACUUUUUAUUUGCAGGGUACGACACGACAACCACAUCUUUAUGUUUUACUUUAUUCGAAUUGUCUAAACGUAUGGAUGUGCAAGAAAAAUUAUAUGAAGAAAUAAAAUUAACUUUAAACAAUGAUUUCAGCAAACUUAGCCACGAAAAUUUAAAUUCUAUGAAAUAUUUAGAUCAAGUUAUAAAAGAAAUGUUAAGGUUUCGAUCACCGGUACCUCUUAUUGAAAGAGUAUUGGAAGAAGACUUUAAGCUUGGCGAUAUAAUCUAUCCCAAAGGAACUGCAAUAACGAUGCUACUCUACUGGCUGCACCGUCAAGAGGACUAUUAUCCCGAUCCUGAAAAAUUUGAUCCUGAACGAUUCAAUGCCGAUAAUCCCCAACCUCCAACUUUUGCAUAUGUGCCUUUUAGUGCUGGUCCCAGAAAUUGUAUUGGUAAAAAUUAUGCCCUGACGGAGAUAAAAACAGUGAUCACAAGAAUUAUAAUGGAAUUUAUAAUAGAACCCGUAGUUGGAGCUAAGUUAGAAUUAGGUUUGGCAGGUCUUUUAUAUUCUAAAUACGGAUUUCCAAUUAAGAUUAAAAAAAGAUGA